AUGGAUCUCAACACUCUUUUCAAGGGUAGAUUUUGUUGCUUUCCCAAGGACCCACUUGAAGAGGCUGAGACUUGGGGAGAGUCUGUGGACAAACUCCUGGGUUGUAAAUCCGGGCAGGCGGCUUUCCGAGAGUUCCUUAAAUCAGAGUAUAGUGAGGAGAAUAUUCUGUUUUGGCUGGCCUGUGAGGAGUACAAGAACAUCAAGUCUCUUCCAGAGAUGAUCUCAUCUGCAAACAGGAUCUACUCAGAGUUUGUGGAAUGUGAAGCACCACGACAGAUCAAUAUUGAUUGUGGGACCAGAGAAAAUAUCACCAAGAACAUCUCUCAGCCAAGCCUGACCUCAUUCGACACGGCACAGAAGUUGAUCUACAGUCUGAUGGCCAGGGAUUGUUACCCACGAUUCCUCAAGUCAGACGUCUACCAGGAUAUGCUGAGGGGAGCAAGGUGACUCUCUCAAACGACAAACACUCUAAAAGUGUUUCUUAAC